AUGCAUUCUCUCUUCUCGCGUGCGCGCACAACAUCGCAGACGAAGAGAAAAGAUAUUGACUUUCCGUCGGACGAGUUUGGACGCACUAAUGGAGCCUAUCGCUCGGAGACACUGCCGCCUGUGCCACCCAAGAAAGACAAGAAGGACAAGGACAAGCGCCGCCAACGCACGACGAGCAUACCCAAGGACAGCCGACCGAGCUUUCUGCGCAGUCCAUCCCCUGAUGCUGAGCCUGUUCCACCCCUUCCCCCACUGCAGGCCGGCGGCUUUCUUCCGCGUUAUAUACCCAGUGCUCCCUCGAGCGCCGAACGCGAUGACCCUGCCCGCACCCCUUACGGAUAUCUGUCCACCGAAAAAGACGUAAUUCUCUCUCUCGACGAUGUCCAGCGUUUGUUGACAAUACUCGGCGAGGAGAUCACACUACGAUGCUUGUCAACACCCUUGCUAUUCUCAACACAGGCGCUCAAAUUAUCUGCCCCACGAGUAAAGAAUCUGAUACGCGCAUUCCUCAGCACAUGUUCCGACCCCAUCUCCAGGCAGGCAGAGACUAGAUUUCGCGAGGAAGCGAGGUUUGCUGGUCCCCAUGAGGUCGCAAUGACAAUUAGAUGGGGUCUCGCUCGCAUCGUCCGGAUGGUCAAUGGCUCAGAGACACAUGGCAUCAUGGACUUUGAAGUAUACCGCGCGUGGCGAGCAAACGAACAAGCACAAAGAUACCCACCCGAUCACUUUACCGCCAUCCUACCUGGCAUUCCACCCCCUGCUCGUCCCAUAUUCACAUCCAUAUUCACUCUGCUAUCCCGUCUCACAGCAUAUUCCACCAAAUCAGGCCUCACACCUCCUACUCUGGCCGGAUACUUUGGUCCACUCAUAUUUGGCUUGGUCCCUGCCGCCACAUCUUCAUUCUCUAGCACCCUCACCUCCUUUUAUCGCGCUGCACAUGCCACCGAGCACCUCUUGCUCUCACACAUUCGAUGGGAAGAUGACUCCCAACGCCGGAAGACUCCCGGCACUGGCGGCUUACCCUCACGGCUAAAGGACUGGAUCCGGGGCUAUCCCAAGAUGCUACCAUCUGAUCUCGAUCGGGUGCGCCGGGGAGCCAAAACUGCCAGGGUCGCAAGCGUGCGCAGAAACGUCAGGCUCUACAGCCCCGAUUUGGUUCAGAGUGCUGCUAGCUGGGCCGGAGAGGGCGAUAUGAGCGGACGCGCAGAAUGGUUGCGAGUUGUACCCAAGGGUUCUGGCCUCACAGCUCGCUACACCGACACUUACCGCAAGCGCCUCGAUAUCCCUGCUCCCACGCUGACUUCCGAAUCCAAGAAAACCCAGUCGACUGAUGGUCAUCAAUCAUGGCUAAGCUCCGAGACUUCACUUACGAGUAUCGUAGGCGCUACUGCCGCUGAAGAAGAAAAGGCCAAGUAUAGCAGUCUGACGGACAUGAAGUGGGGGGAAUUUAUGGCUACCGGAUUUGGCGAUGGCGAGACCGAGGGGAAACGCCUAGAGUUUGACCUGAAUGAAGGUGCGAGGCAGAGCCGGCUCGAAAAACGCGCAACGAUGACCUGGUCCGAUUUUUCUGCUGCCGGAUUCAUGAGAGACGAAGCACCCUUGAGCGAGACGCUUCAGUUUGCCGCGCCCCUCUCCACAACGAUCCAAACGUGGCCAACGGCAUCUGAGGAUUUACACCGGAAGUUGAAGAAGCAACAAAAGGUACUUCCCACAUUCGGAUGGGAGACUACGCCGGUUGCUGGACAAGAAUGGGUUGUUGAAGAAGCGUUUUUAGAUUGUUGGGCGGACUUGAUUUGGAGCUCGGGGUGGAGUGAGAGGGAGGAGCGGACACACCGGGAUUCGAACUGGGCAUUGGUUGAUUACAAAGCCCUACCGCCUACUGGGCCUUUGCUCUCGCUUUCUACUUCGUCAGACCCACGAACAUCGAACCAGUGGUUUGUAUUCGAAGAGUUCGUCCCCCGCGAAUAUCGAGACCAAUUGACGAACCCCAAGAAAAAACGAAACGCUCUUGGAUUCACUAUUAAGCCCAAGCAAUGGAAACCUGCUACCACACUCAAUGGAAAGCCAUACCAGAGUGGAAUGGUCCCCAGCAGUCCAGGUCUUAGGGAGAGUUCGAAUACUAGAGACUCAGAUUUCGAUGCGAUGCUCAGUUCUAGAGGUGUGACGAGGAAAAUAUCCGUGGGCACACAGGAGGAAGGAAGCAUUGAGAGUGGCACAGGGAUCUUGAUCACUGCUCCGCUCUACACGACUGGAAGCUCGGAAGUGACGCCCACGACGCCCACACCCAAACGACCAACCGCUUCCCCACGUUUUGGAGGAACUGCCACUCGUUCUGGUGGUGGUCUGUCUGCAAGAUUCAAACUUGGAUCUACAUCCAAGCGUGGGAUGGUCGGGUCCGAGUACGAUUCGAGUCUAGAGUUUGAAACCCGCACUGCAAGCGAGACGAGCGAUGGUGGGAGUCCCGACCAGUCUCACCCACCCGUACGGUCGUUCGGAUUACCUUCACCAGGAAGGAACCACUCCAGGCGACAGAGCAAGGACGAUGCUUGGGUGGAUAUUCUCGUUGCCGACCAGGGUCGACGAAUGAGGGAUCAAGACGCAAGUUUCAGGAAUGGUGCUGGGCCAACUGCUUUUCCAACUGUUGUUCAUGGUUCUACAUCCACUCUCCGCCGCGGGCGAGCCAACUCGGAUCCAGAUAUGCCCAGAGGAAGUGUUUAUGGCGACAACGAGGCUGAUUUCACAGUUACGAGCGCUCCUGUUCCCGUUAGCCCACCGAGUCGAUUCAGGUUUGUGGAAGACGAAGAAGAGAUGGAGAUCACGAGGGUGGAUAGCCCCGAUCCUGCUGGGGGAUCACAGGCGGCUUACACCAGGGACUCGGAGAUAUCUUACAGCCAGGACACAUAUGGGCGUGACUCUCAAGGACCGUACGGUCGUGAUUCGAGGGAUUCAGGUCAUCUGCGCGAACCUACGUCAAGCGAACCCGUUCCGCCAGGCCGACCAUCGUAUGAAAGUGCCGAGGACUACGAACCCGACAGCGAUUUCGAGCCUACAAGUGAUGGAGGACAUACCCAGGAGAUGACUUCUGCCUCGCGGCGACUGGGCGACGAUACGGCCGGCUCCAUCGCGUUCUCUGACCUCAGCAUUGACGAUCCUACUACGAGUAGUCUCGGCCAACCGGUUUCUUCUCGAUUGGGAGGAAACACUGGAGGUGGGGUACGGUCUUUGGUUCAGAUGUAUGCCGAGCGAGACAAAGAAGCCCUUGCUGCUCCCAAGCCUUCAAGGCUUCCUGUGCGAGUCGGGUCGAACAUCAAGUCUGAUGAACUGGGAGAGAGCUUACCUGCGCCCCCCAUCCCGCCUGCUCUCGAACCCGGCAGAGCAAGUCCGUCAAGAUAUGUGCACGGCGCACCACUGCAGAAUGUCGAAGAAGAACCGGACGAGUAG